AUGUCUUAUACUCCGGGCGAUUUGUGGCUAAUCUCGGCGCCGAAUGAGGGCUCACCGCAGGAAACCUGGGAUAAAUUGAAUCGUACCACCGGAUCGAUGUCUGUGAAUCACAAGUUCAACGUCCCGGACCUCAAAGUUGGAACGCUGGAUCAGCUUGUCGGCUUAUCAGAUGAUUUGGCUAAACUGGAUACUGCAGCUGAACAGGUAACGCGAAAAUUGACGCAAUAUUUUGCGGAGAUUCUUGAGGAAGAACGAUACAAGCUGGAGGAGAAUCUUACAGUUAGUGGCAAGGAUGUCAAAACAUACGUUACCAAAUUUCAGUGGGAAAGCGCCAAAUAUCCUUUGAAGCAAUCGCUGAAAGUGCUCAGUGAGAUCAUCGGGAAGCAAAUCACGCAGAUUGAUAAUGAUCUGAAGACGAAAUCGACAAUGUACAAUAAUCUCAAAAAUAGCCUUGCUUCAAUCGAUCGAAAAGCAACUGGCAGUUUGAUAACGAAGGAUUUGUCGGACAUUGUGAAAGCAGAAGAUUUCGUGCUGAAUUCGGAAUACUUGCAAACGCUGAUGGUGGUUGUGCCGAAAUCGCUAGCCAAAGAUUGGCAACACAAAUACGAAACAUUAUCGGAUAUGGUGGUGCCGGGCUCGAGCAGAUUAGUCACCGAAGAGGGUGACCAAAUGCUUUUCUCCGUGACGCUGUUCAAGAAGGUCAUCGAUGAAUACAAAACCCAUUGCAGGGAGAACAAAUUCAUUGUUCGGGAUUUUGUUUACGAUGAGGAAUCUCUGAAAGUAGGCCGCAGUGAGCGCGAUAAGCUUGUCCAGGAGAAGGAGCGACAGUAUGCCCCGCUUGUUCGGUGGCUCAAAAUCAAUUUCAGCGAAAUAUUUUCGGCUUUCGUUCAUGUCAAAGCGUUGCGAGUGUUUGUCGAGAGUGUACUAAGAUAUGGUUUACCAGUUAAUUUUCAAGCGGCAGUCAUUGAACCAAAUAAGAAUUCCAAUAAGAAAUUGAGAGCAUGCCUGCAUAAUCUCUAUCUGCACCUAGAUGCUUCUGCUGCCGGCCCGAUCGAAGUAAAUUUUUGUUUUACGUUAUAUCAAGAUGAUUAA